AUGAUAAUACAAAUUUCCAGGACUGAUCCCAAGCUCUGCUGCAAUAUGAUUCGUUGUAACUGCACGUUCGCCGCGCUCAUUAAAAAGUUGCAAACUAAUCUGCAAAAUUCGUUCAACGUAUGCAUGACAUUCUUGAACAACAGAAAGUCGCUUAUCAACGCUACCCUGUUCCUACAGCAAAGGAACGUAUUGAACGUUUAG